UUUGACAUUUUAAAAAAAGAUAAAUUGUUUGAUAAUAUCAAUAAUGUGGCAAUGUCUCGGCAAUCGUCGUUAAUAUCGAGACAAAGGAUUACAGCUACGAUCCAAGAAGUUUCUUAUGGGAUCCCUCUUGGUGUGAUUUAA